CAGGCAUUUGUUGUUUGUUUGACAGUAACUGUAAAUUAAGCUUUAGAGUAUGAAUGCAAAAUAAAAAUAAUUUUCUUGUUAUAUUUCGGGAUAAAAUUAUAUCAACAAACUUAGUUCUGUUGAGGUCUGUCAACGUUAAAAGUAAAUAUGACUGUAAACAGUACUAUUGCUCACCAACGCUUAAUACUUAGCGGAGACCGGGAAAGGUUUAAAGAACUACUGAGACGUCGGUUAAUUGAAUGUGGUUGGAGGGAUCAAGUAAGGAUGCUGUGCCGAGAAGUAGUUAAAGAAAAUGAGGGCAACAAUGUCACAUUUGAUAUGUUACUGACAAGAGUAACUCCUCAAGCUAGAGCUCUUGUCCCAGACUCUGUAAAAAAGGAACUAUUGCUAAAACUUAAGACUCACCUUCUAACACAGAAAGAUCAAUAACAUAUUAUUUUUAAGCUUUAUAAAUGUAUGCCUUGUAUUUAAUUUUUCAUUUAAUAAAAUAAUCACUAUAAGAAAUAUAAUAAAAUUAUAAGUUUACAACCAA